AUGCAGGCAUGGCGAAUGGUUGAGGAUGCUACAAACCAUUUAUCAAAAAUUUCAAGAGACUUUUCAGGAGUCUGUGGAUCUGCAACAACUUUCAUUGAUCACCUGAAUGAAAAACUAGCUGCAGAGGACAUUGCCAUCAGUAAAUCUUUCACAGAACUCCAAUCAACAAGAUGUGUAGUUCCUGCAAAUCAACAACACAGCUUUGAAGUUUCAUGCUACAAUGUCAUCUGUGAUAAAGUUUUGGAAAGUAUGAGAACCAGGUUUGCCACUCAUGGCAAACUUUACAUGCAGAUUUCAUGUUUUGACCCAAAUCGGUUUGAGGAAAUACUGGCUUCUCCUGAAAAAAUAAAGUUUGAUGCCAUUUCUACAGCUGUUCCUGAAAUUGAUGGCCCUGUUCUUCGUGAAGAAUUGAUUUCAUUUGCAUCAAGUUACAGAAAUCUCUCCAGAGGACUGUUUGAUAGUGAUGAUGAAACAUUGAGCUCUGCUGGAGAGGAAGAACCUGACUUCUCUGACUCUGAGCCAUCAGCUUGUAAGCCUUCUAUGAAAAAACUCUGCUGCCAAAAAUGCAUGUCCUGUGCAUUUAAGCUGCUUUUUCAGUACAGAUUAUGUUCAUCGGCCUAUGAAAAUCUUUAUAUGGCAUACAAGUACUUGAUCACUCUAAGCACCACACAAUGCUCCUGUGAACGGUGUUUUUCAAAGUUGAAAAUUCUAAAAUCAAGACUUAGAUCAACGCUUACUCAGCAAAACCUGGAGACAUUGAUGCUUAUUGCAAUAGAGAAAGAAGUUUCUUUAAGCAUAAAGAGAGACAAAGAGAAAAUCAUAGACCGUUUUGGCAAGACAUCUGCUGAACUCCACUCUCUGCUUCUCUUUUAA